CUUGGCUUAUUUUCUGUCAUCAUUUAAUCCCAAGUCCCGCGCGGCGGCAACGGCUGGGAUUGCGUUUCAACAGCAUGACGAUUGACGACCGACAUUAUCGUUCAUCAUGAGAAUUCAAUCGCUACUGUCUCAGCCAUGCACGAGUCAUACCGGAGCGUUGUAUGCCCGCAUCCUUGCUCACCCGUCCGCAAGCCGAGUAUAUCGACCAGCGCGUAUCCCAAAAUCUGGACCGUCCGGGGAUUUCGUCAGGACCUUCGCGACAUCUUCUCCGCGGUCUGCGAAUCACUUUGACACCCAUCUUUUUGUGCAAAGACUGAAAGAGAAUGGGUUGACGGAAUCUCAAGCCGAGGGAUUGAUGAAAGCACUGGCCGCUGUCAUAGAUGAUAGCGUCACGGCAAUGGAGGGUGGGCUGGUUAGUAAGGCCGAUCAAGAAAAGCAACGUUACGCUCAGAAGGUCGAUUUCGCAUCGCUCAAAUCAGAACUGCAGCUCAUUGAGAAGAAUGACCUGACACUGGUGAAAGGAGAGAACGAGAGAUUGAUGGCGGACGUUGAAAAGCUGAAGCAGCGACUGAGAGAAGAGGUAACGAGAACACAAGCGGGAGUCAGGCUGGAUCUGAAUCUGGAGAAAGGUCGUAUACGGGACGAAAAUUCCCAACAAGAGCUCAAGAUUCGAGAAGUCGACACUCGAAUAGAGUCUGAGAUUGCAGGUCUGCGCACUCAGAUCGAACAGAGCAAAAUCAGCAUUCUGCAAUACCUCAUUGGUAUCGGAACCGGUGUGGGAGCCAUGAUGUUGGCCUACGCAAGGAUUAUGAUGUGAUGGGUAUCUGUCUUUGUAUCGCCAAAUACGCUAUGUACACCUGUCGCGAAGCCCGUUGCAGUGUCCUUGAGGGUGAAAGUCGAGGAGAAGUCGAGAAGAAGUCGAGAAGAAAUCGAGAAGACGUCGAGAAGAAGUCGAGAAGAAGUUGAGGACAAGUCAGGAAGAAGUCGAGGACAAGUCAAGCGGGAGUCGAGAAGAAGUCGAGAAGAAGUUGAGGACAAGUCGAGCGGAAGACGAGAACAAGUCAAGGAGAAAUCGAAAAGAAGGCGCCCAUCUUCGCCAGGCAUGAACCGCAAGAG